AUGACAGAUACAUGGAAUGGCACUCCACUGGAUGAGGUGCAGUUCCGCCGACCAGAGGUGAUUCAGUACUGGGGUGGAAUCCACGCAGACAGCAUCCAUCCCAUCCUCCGCGAAUCACCCUUCUUCGAUCAUACGAGCAAGAAUGGCCUUCUCUGGAAGCAGGCCGAAGCAAACCAAGCCAUGUGGGAGCUGUGUAGAUCUCGACAAGCGCUUGAGACACGGCUGAAGCAGAUGAAUGGCGUCGAGUACCUUAUCAUCGGCGAGCCUCAACCGAACACAGAUGCAGCUUUAGGGCCAGAUACGGGCAUCUGGGUCAUCCGCAAACAAGACCGUCGCAAGAGACCUCCGCAGGCAGACGAGAUUACCGUUCUGGGCACAUACUACCUGGUCGGCGAGAACAUGUACCAAGCGCCAUCCGUCUACGAUGUUGUCGGCAACCACCUCCUCUCGGCCAUGAACUCCCUCACAAAAUUCACUCAGACCGCCGCUCCGCUACCGCUCUACACUCCUGCGACAGGAUACACCUACUUCCCUCCAUCCACUACAAAGACGCUCGCUGCAUCGCAAGCCUUGUCAGCGAGUCGAGAAGCCAGUACAGCGCCCACGCCGGCUGACAUUCCGUCCGCAGCUGCUCUGGAUACAGCGGCGCAAUCUGUUGCAGAAACACAGUCCAAGACAGCAAAGGACGCAGAUCCUCGCGCGCAGAUGGCUCUCUUCGAGUCCUUCAACAUGAUGCUACACUACGGAGACGAGUACAUGGACGAGAACCCCCUGCGAGGCGAGCCAGGCAACUUUACCUUCUCGGCCACAAAACACCACGUCCGCGCGAAGGCAGAAGCCGCCGAAGCUGCCAAACUCAAAGAAGCAGAAUUGGCAAAGAAGUUGGAAGAAGCAAGAUUGGCAGCCAAAGCCACGCCGUUCGCCUCUGCAGCAGCAAAGAAGGAAGACGAGGAAAAGACGAAAAAGAAGGUCAGAGACAAGAUCAAGAAGAGGAGAAGUAAAGGUCUUGCUACCAACCCAAGCACACCGGCCAGUCCUGCCACUCCGGCUUCUUAG